AUGGCAGCUUUGGUAUCCAACCCUCAAAUGCUAACGAAACAAAGUCACAGUAACUACAAGAAGGAACAAUUCUGGAGGAAAGAGAGUUUGAAUUUGGAGAGGAAGUUUGGGUUGUGUGUGAAGCUUUACAAUCACGAAAAGCUUUGGAGGUCACAAGUAGAGAAAGAGUGGAGAUUAAAAGCCUUUUGGGCAAACGUAUCACAGCCCGAGACUGUUGAGAUGGAACAUAUUAACGACGUUGAUGAGCUCGAAGCUGUUCUCUCUCGCGCACGAACGCUUUCUCAGCCUAUCAUCAUCGAAUGGAUGGCUUCUUGGUGUCGGAAAUGUAUUUACUUGAAGCCUAAGUUGGAGAAACUGGCGGCGGAAUACAAUAACAGAACAAAGUUUUACUACGUGGAUGUGAACAAGGUCCCUCAGACAUUGGUGAAGCGCGGCAACAUUUCGAAAAUGCCGACCAUUCAGUUAUGGAAGGAAGGAGAGAUGAAAGAGGAAGUGAUAGGAGGUCAUAAAGGAUGGCUUGUUAUUGAAGAAGUCCGAGAAUUGAUCAACAAACAUGUCUGA